AUGGUUAUGCUAAUUUGUAUCUUUGUUUAUGUUUUUGAAUAAUUUUCAAGUAAGCACACCUAAUUUGUUAAGAAAUGGUAAUAAAAUGAGAUUUAAUAAUCAAAAUUACCUAUUCCUACAAUUAUUAAUAAUAAAUUGUAAAAACAGGUACUUAUGAUUGUAUAAAAAUCAAACCUUGAUUAAUUAGGUAGGAUGAUCAAUCUCAUGAGUAUCAUUAAUUAAUUUCUAAUCAUAGAUUGGAUUAAUUUGAUCAAAAUUUAUUAUGAUUCUUAAAGGAAUUAAAAUUACUAUAAUUGUCCCCAGCAUUUGUUGAAACCACUGUUUUUUUGUAUUUCCAAUUGAUUAAAAUUUUUCAAAGAAUUUAUUAAGUAUUUUACAUUUUAUCAAAGAUAAAGUUAAUGUUUGAAUAUAUAAAAAACGAGCCAAAAAGUUUCCUCAACAACCCUACUUCUCUCAACUCAUAAAUUUAGACCUUUAAGAAGAGAUAUUAGAUAUGUAAUAAUAUAGAUCAUCUACAAUUAAUUUUAGAAGAGCUUUAAAAUUUAAAUUUAAAAAUUGAAAAAGACUAUUAAAGCUUUGUUUUUCACUUGAAAAGCAAAGUUCUUAUCAAUCCAUAAGAGAAGUAAGAAUGUCUUUAAGAAUGA